AAAUCUCAUACAAACGAACUCUCGCCAUAACAAGAGUGAAUCAAUAAAAAACAACACAUCAUGCCGUCUGGUCACGUCGAAGCAAUCAUAGACGGCACGGUGGUAGCCGAAUCCGACACCUACGAGCUAGUCGAAGGGAACGUCUACUUCCCGCCAUCUUCCGUAAAGUCCGAAUUCUUCAGUAAGACGGAUCUUCAAACGCACUGCGGAUGGAAGGGAGAUGCUAGCUACUAUACGAUCAAAGUUGGAGACAAGGAGUUGACAAAUGCUGCGUGGUAUUAUCCCGAACCAUUUGACAAGGCGAAGCAUAUCAAGGACUAUGUCGCGUUCUAUAAAACCAAGGUGGACGUGACGACCACAUAAGCCUGGCUACGGCUCUAGUUAUUGAAUCCUAUGAAGCUCUAACGACAUAGAAGAUGGGAGCAGGUAGCCUUUAGCAAUAGAUAAAUACCAGUUUUAAUCUGUGAGA